UCAGUCUUCAUUUCACUUGGAAUGGUUUCAAAUCGCAAGCAGCCGCGCUUAACCUGAGCACUCAUUCAUCAAGCAUAUCCAGUGGAUCGAUGUUACUCUAAUCUUUGAAUCUGCACUGUCAUAUAUACAGGCUUGAAGACAUGAUCACUAGCACCAGUAUUUAUGGCCUAAAGAUGCAGUGGACCCCAGAGCAUGCGCAGUGGGCUGAGCAGCACUUUGACAUCUCCUCCACCACUCGCUCCCCUGCACACAAAGUGGAGGCCUAUCGGGGGCAUCUGCAGCGCACCUACCAGUACGCCUGGGCCAACGACGACAUCUCUGCACUCACUGCCUCCAACUUGCUGAAGAAAUACGCAGAAAAGUACUCUGGGAUUUUAGAGGGUCCGAGUGAACGAGCGCUGCUCUGCUCCUAUUCCGAUGGCACUCCUGGACUCCUGAAUGGACGUAAGUCAGAGAGUGAGUCCUGGCAGGAGGGGAUUUACCCAAUGAACUGCGCUCCAGAUGUUAUAUCUGUGAGCAAAGCUGGAAUGACAGUUGCCCUUCCCCCAACAGAUGUGUCGGCCAGCAUAGGUAGCUCCCCAAGGGGGGCCAGCAGCCUGACCGAUCCCAGCUAUUCCAGCAGUAACUGUGGGAGUCACACGGCCACCAGUCUACACUCUGGUCUGUCCUCUCAGGAAUACGCUACGGGCUAUAAUGGCUCCUACCUGCACUCUAGUUACAGCGGGCAGACCACCUCAGGCCUCCCCUCUCCAUUGCACAGUGCUGGUCUCCUACAACCCCCACCCCCACCCCCACCACCUCCCCCUACUCUAGUGCCCAGCUACAACGCGGGGUCUCCCAACCUCUCCAACUACAAUUAUCCUCCGACAGGGUAUCCCACACAGACGGCUGUUGCCCCUAGCUAUAGCCCUGGGGGAGCCCCCCCUCCCUCUGCCUAUCUGCCAUCCGGCAUUGCAGCUCCCACACCCCUACCCCCCUCUACACUCCCUGGCUAUACCUACCAGUCCCAUAACCAUGCACCAAUUGCACCAACACCUUUGAAUGGCAACUCAGCCAACUCAUUGAAAAGAAAAGCUUUCUACAUGACGGGGCAUGGAGAUAUGGACUCCAGUUAUGGUAAUUUCAACUACAACCAGCAACGCUCCUCACAAAGCCCUAUGUACAGACUACCAGACAACAGCAUCUCAGACUUAAGCAGAGGGAAUGGAUUUGACAGGAAUGCUGAUCCGUCAUCUUUAGCAUUUAAGCACACGAAGCAGCCAAUAUCCUCAGAUCAGCAAAGAACAUUUUGCAGUCAGUCUGGCAGAGCACUAACCCCUCCCUCCUAUGGAUCAACCAAAAGCUCUGUGGGAGGCCUGAGAUCGGGCGAGUCCUUUGGAAAGUUUGGAACCCCCAUCAUGAGUGAGCACAGUGUAGAGCGCAGACAGCACCUCUCCCAUUCCAUAGCAGGGUCGGACAUUGGCAGUGCUACCUCAUCCAGCCACACUGCAGAGGAGCAGCUAAAGAACAGCGAUGCCAACCUCGUGGACUUGGUCACCACGGAGAUCCUUCAGCCUGGUCCCCCAGUAGACUGGAAUGACAUUGCAGGUCUGGAGCUGGCCAAAGCAGCCAUCAAAGAAGAGAUUCUGUGGCCCAUUUUGAGGCCAGACAUGUUCAGUGGACUUGCCACAUUACCUCGGAGCCUCCUUCUCUUCGGACCUCAGGGAACAGGCAGAACACUGCUGGGCCGCUGCAUGGCCAGCCAGCUGGGGGCUGCCUUCCUGCGGCUCAGUGGCUCAGCCCUGGUGACCAAGUGGCUGGGAGAGGGUGAGAAGAUCGUCCAGGCCUCCUUCCUGGUAGCCAGGUGUCGCCAGCCCUCAGUGGUGUUCAUCAGUGAGGUGGACAUGCUGCUGUCGGCCCAGCUCAGCGAGGAGAGCCCGGUGAAUAGGAUCAAGAGCGAGCUCCUCAUGCAGCUGGACAGUGUGCUGACCUCAGCCGAGGACCACGUCCUGGUGGUGUGCUCCACCAGUAAGCCUGAAGAGAUCCAAGAGUCCCUGAGGAGGUACUUCACCAAACGGCUUCUCAUCCCCCUACCUGACAACACAGCACGGCACCAGAUAGUCAGCCAACUGCUCUCACAGCACAACUAUUGCCUCAGUGACAAAGAGGUGUCACUGCUGGUCCAGCGGACGGAGGGCUAUUCAGGACUGGAUGUGGCCCGGCUGUGCCAGGAGGCAGUAGUAGGACCGCUACAUGGCAUCCCAGCUUCUGACCUCUCAGCCAUCCAUCCCAGCCAGAUGAGACCAGUCUCCUACCAAGACUUUGACAAUGUAUUUAGCAAAUUCCAGCCCAGCAUAUCACAAAAAGAACUGGACACAUACACCGAAUGGAAUAAAAUGUUUGGUUGCAGUCAAUGAAACUGAAACAUUAGAACAUGUGGGAAGGAAUCCCCUUUAAAGGGAUACCAUUUAGAGUUCUCAGUAAACAGGAAGUGGACAAGAGAAUAAUACAAGUAGUGGUGACUUUAACACCUACAGUACAGUAAAGACGUAAGGAUAAGCCUUAGAGAAGCAGAGGCAUGCUUUACACAACAGCUGGCAAACUGCACACAACACAUAGAGAAAUAUUAUUUUGAUGCUUGAAACUGCUGAGGCCAAGCAUCACCUACCAUGGUGCAAGUGGGUAGAUUUUAACAGGAUGGAACCCCUGUGUGUAUAUAUCAUUCCGCUGUUCUGGAGAUUUAGUUGCUAUCAAGUGCCUGAAGUGGUGCUCUUUUAUUUUGUAAUAUUAUUUAUUCGCCUCACAAUCUACAUUGGUGGCAUGUGCUAAUAUAAAAAGCUUUAAUAUGAGACAAAAACUACAAAAUUGCUUUUUUUCAUUGCAACAGUAUUCCCCAACUGUGUCUGUUUUGCGCUCUCUGUGGACAGUAGAAAGUACAUGUGUUAUUGGGAAUCUGAACUCUAAUUUAUACACAAUUUAUUUUGAUGUUCUCUCUUUUUGAAAACUCAGGAAAGUGAUUGUGAUAUGUACAGUACCUCAAAGAUUGUUUCAAAGCACUAAACAUUUGGCUUGCUUUUGAAUUUGCAUUAUCAAAAAAGGAGGGUUACGGUACCUCGAUAGGCUAAAAAUGACAAGAGUAUGACAUUGAAUGUACCAGAGGAAUUCUGGAGUAUUUGGAAGACAAAAGGAGAAGUGUUGUGUUUUUCUUUGCAAUUUCCCAAGUGAAGAAUCCUAUUGUGAAUAUAGUUUUAUUUGAAAUGUGACAAAAAUGGAGAAAUGACGUUUCAACUACAACACAUUCGACCGGCCUUCAUCGACCGGCCGCAGUACAUUAAGAGAACACAUUUUAGUAUGUUUUUUUGGUUAAACCUCAUCUGUAGGAGAAAGCAUAACGUAUGUAUUUGUCGAAUAUUAUCAGCAGCUUAAAUUUGUAUCUCAUCUGCAGAUAAAACUGUCAGGCCUCUUGCAGAGAAAUGUGUAAGGCUGAAGACGAGCCUCAUGGGGUUGAAACAGACAGUUUCCCCCAAGGUAUUUCAUUCCAUCCCGCUGCUGUUUUAUCAUUAAUGAAACCUAAGGAUUAUGUAUGCCCUAAGUUCUUUUCUACCUCAGUUUAUUCAUUUUCUCUGAAAGCAGAAUCUAAGGGUAAGGCUAGAUGACAGAGCCUAUUUCGCUUAUUAAACUAUGAAGCCUAUUGAGGGAACAAAAAAGCUGCCUUUCUGUCAACAAAAUCAGCUUAAAUUAGUGUUACACCAGUGUAGUCCCAUUCAGAGACACCUAUGUACAUGAAGUAUUUAUUUCUCAGAACAUGAGCAGGUUGGUCUUAAAAAGGGGUCUGGAGACAUGUGGCCGUUAGCCCUAUCUUUAAGCCCUUGUUCUGGGGUCAUUUCUUACAGCAAAGCUAUUUAAUUAAUAACUAUCAGUGUUUAGUAAUAUGCCAGAAAAGGGGCAAUGGAGACACAAGGUCUGAUGAAUGCAUGAAAAAGCCUUGCAUUUAAUCUUUUCUUUUUCUUCCUUUCUUUUCCUAUAGCAGUAUGAAAACUGUUAGAAAGCACUAGUACAUUGAAAGGGAUGCCACUACAGUACCACUGAAAGUAUUAUCAGUACAGUUCAGAUGCACUGAGGGAUCUUGCGUUUUUGUUCACUAGCAUUUCAAAAUGAUAUUUUCCCAAUUUCUGUUUCAUAUAUCUUAUAUUUACAUACAGUGCCAGUCAAAAGUUUGGACACACCUACUCAUUCA